GUUAGGGAGGGUCACACAGGCACACCUUGAAGUGUGGCUCAUUGACACACACCUCGGAAAAGGGAGGGCCCUGGGCAGGGCAGGAUCAGACAGGGCAGGCUUGGAAUUGCUUAGCCUGCAGGCAAUCAGGGGGAAGAGUCCUAGAGGAGGGAAGUGUGGGACAGAGAGCUAGAGAACGCAGAGCGGGCGAGACAGAUCUCACACAGAGGAAAUACCAAGACAAGGGAGCACAAGGAAACGCUCUCUUCUGGGGAAAAAAAAGUUUGAGAAAGUUGGAUUAUAAGCUUCAUGGAUCAGCAGAGGUACCGCACCAAUGCUGCUCUGCCUUCCUAUGAGGAGGGAAACUUCCGCCAGAGAACCAGCUCGGAGGACAACCUGUACCUGGCAGUGCUGAGGGCUACUGAGGGCAAGAAAGGUACAUACUGGGUGGGGGCUGUGACUUAAUGUGACUCAGACUGUGAUAAUAGAGAGAUGGACAUGGGGUACUGACUGCGUCCACCCUGGGAUAGACCCGUACUGACUGCGUCCACCCUGGGAUAGACCCGUACUGACUGCGUCCACCCUGGGAUAGACCCGUACUGACUGCUUCCACCCUGGGAUAGACCCGCGCUGACUGCGUCCACCCUGGGAUAGACCCGCGCUGACUGCGUCCACCCUGGGAUAGACCCGCGCUGACUGCGUCCGUCCUGGGAUAGACCCGCGCUGACUGCGUCCGUCCUGGGAUAGACCCGCGCUGACUGCGUCCGUCCUGGGAUAGACCCGCGCUGACUGCGUCCGUCCUGGGAUAGACCCGCGCUGACUGCGUCCGUCCUGGGAUAGACCCGCGCUGACCGCCUCCGUCCUGGGACAGACCCAUCUUUAACCCCUUAAGGACACAACUUCUGGAAUAAAAGGGAAUCAUGACGGAAUAUUUCCGUCAUGUGUCCUUAAGGGGCUAAUGUGAGGGAUUUAGACAAUUUGGAGAUGUCCUUGAUAAAGAGGUUUAUCUCAGUCGUAAUAUUUGUGUAGCGUUAGCCAUGUUUAUUAUCUUUGCUUACAUUGCUGCAGACAAUUGCAGGCUCUCCCUGAGGAAAGACACUAGUUGACCUGUGUCUGUGUCUCCACAACCUUGUCUUUCAUGGAAUGUUUUCUGUUUUCAAGCAGGUCAUUCACCUGUGCGAGACCUAGUGGUGACCUAUUUAACCCAUGUAAAUUAAAUUAGCUCUCAGCAGGCUCAGAGUCAUUCUGACUGUUUUGGAUCUGCGUUUCCUAAAUGUAAACGCAAAUCAAUCCAGAGUACUGACUGGCUACACCUGAGCGUGAUCUGCUUAGGGGUGACCAGGGAGUGGUGUGUCUUACAAACUCCAUAUGGGCUCCACGCAGAGGGAUUCCACUUUAAAUGUUCUCUAAAUUCCAGGGAGUUUGUGGAACAGUAGCAGGCCUGGCAAUACUGCAUCUGGCUGGGGGUAUAUGGGAGAUAAGCAGGCCAGGCAGUACUGGAUCUCGGUGGGGUUUAUGAGAGAUUAGCAGGCCUGACUGUACUGGAUCUGGCUGGGGGUGUAUGGGAGAUUAGCAGGCCUUACAGUACAGGAUCUGGCUGGGGGUGUAUGGGAGAUUAGCAGGCCAGGCAGUACCGGAUCUGGCUGGGGGUGUAUGGGAGAUUAGCAGGCCUUGCAGUACUGGAUCUGGCUGGGGUUGUAUUGGAGAUUAGCAGGCCUGGCAGGAGGUGUAUGCAGGAUUAGCAGGCCUGGCAGUAGCGGAUCUGGCAGGGGGUGUAUGCGGGAUUAGCAGGCCUUGCAGUACUGGAUCUGGCUGGGGGUGUAUUGGAGAUUAGCAAGCCUGGUAGUACCGGAUCUGGCUGGGGGUUUAUGGAAGAUUAGCAAGCCUGGCAGUACCGGAUCUGGCUGGGGGUGUAUGGGAGAUUAGCCAGCCUGGCAGUACCGGAUCUGGCUGGGGGUUUAUGGAAGAUUAGCAAGCCUGGCAGUACCGGAUCUGGCUGGGGGUGUAUGGGAGAUUAGCAAGCCUGGCAGUACCGGAUCUGGCUGGGGGUGUAUGGGAGAUUAGCAAGCCUGGCAGUACCGGAUCUGGCUGGGGGUUUAUGGAAGAUUAGUAGGUGGGAUGUUUUUUUGUACUAAUUGUUUUUGGUUUUUUUAUGUUGAUUUUCCUUAAAUUUUCCUCUUCUCUGUUUCUGCAGAUGAAAGGGAUCGGGUGCAAAAGAAAACUUUUACCAAAUGGGUAAACAAACAUCUAAUUAAGGUGAGUAAGAAGUUCUCAACACUGGAGAAAUCCAGCUAG